GUCAAGACCCGUGAAGACUUACAUAACCUUAAAAUAAUGGCCUUCAAUUUAAAAAAAUUCAAUUAUUAUUAAGAAAUAAACAGAAGAAAAUAAGAUAGAAUGAUUAAACUGUUUUCAAAGCGGCCAAUUACGCGAAUAGUCAGCAAUCAAUGUUCCUGUAAUAGGUUCUCGACAAAGAACGAAUCGACAUCCCCAAAGGAUACAAAUACCAAAACAGCCGUAAAGCCCUACAAAUCCAAGGAACUAAAAAAGGAAGACUUGGAAUGGAGGAGCCGACCAAACGUUCGCUAUUACGACUUUUUAAGAACCUUUUAUAAAGAGGAUAAUAAUGUUACUACUCUAACGUGGCUUCAACAACCCAUCGACUUCAGCCCUAGUUCUAUUAAGAAAUGGUGGCACAGAAAGAAGGAAUUUGAGGAUACUUUUUUACAACAGUACAUUGAAGAACGACAUAAUAUAUUAGGCCCAGAGUUAGCUUGUGCCCAUUUCAUAGUUUUCCGUGGUGGGGCAGUCAAAUUUCACAAUGAUAACAAAUGGAUCAAAGCCGUUAACGGGGAAUAUGUUCUACCAACUAAAUACCAGAAAAACAUGUAUUUGCAGGCAAUAGACUGUUCAAACAUGAGUCUUAGAUACGAAGGUUUAGACAAUUUGAGAGACUUGAACAAUGUAGAAUGGCUUAGUUUCAAAAAUUGUAAACACAUCGAUGACUUUUGUAUGGAUGUUGUGAGUAACAUUUUCUCUCAUAGUUUGAGGUAUUUGGAUUUGAGAGAUUGUAUGGGCGUUACAGAGAGAGGCUUGGGGGCUGUGUACAAAAUGCCUGAAUUGAACAUUCUUUAUUUGGAUGAUUUGUUGAAGGACACUAGAUAUGAAUUGACAUGUUUGCUUUUGGAGGAGCUGAAUACCAAAUUGAUUAUCAAAAGUGAUGUUGUAGAGUUUGAUAUUAAACGCUAAUAAAGUAUUCAUAUAUUA